GACAAUAUUAAGGUUCUAACUGAUUCAAAAAGAGUGUCAUGAUAUGUUUCUAGGAUGAUCGAGGCAGAGUUGAUAUAUCUAACUGGUACAGGCAACUUUUUAACAUCUUCAUAUACUUUCAUCACCUCAAAAAUUAGAGUCAGAGAGUGUAUUAAGAUUCCCUUGCACAUUAGACGUCGCUCAAUGUCCAUUAUUAGACCACGGGAACUGUAUUGAAGAUUUAACACUACCUCUGCUGCAUUUUGAGAAACAGUUACUGUAUGACUUAACCUUUCUUAAACAGGUUGGAAGAGCAGCUGGCGCCUUAAGGAAACCUUUGUUAAUAUGGUAUGAUAGGAAAUGUUUGCUAAUCUGCAAGGACUCUCUAACUUUGUCAUCCUUAUUUCUUACAGGAAAUCUUUUUGUUCAAGCUUAUAUGAGUGCUUCAAUAUCAUCUGCAUUUUUUCGUGAUACUAUGCUCUUGUGCUUCUUAUUAUUUCUUUUGGUUUUGGUCUUCUCUUCUUUCUUUUUUUUCUGGCACAGUUGCUUCAUAAACGAUUAAUGCUGAAGUUUUUAAAGUCAACAUUUGAUUACUGAAACGGUUGCUUUGUUUCCUUCUUGGCUUGUGUUUUGUGUGAGAACUUGCAUGUUCUCUGCUUUUUUGUGUAAGAUGACCAGUUGUAUCCUAUGCAACAAUCCUAAUCAUUAUUGUCUCAUUUUACAGCUGAGGAACUUGGUAUGGGCAACAUCAAAGCACGAUGUGUAUUUCAUGAACAACUACUCUCUCAUGCACUGGUCAUCUUUGUUGCAAAGGGGCAAAGAAGUACUUAAUGUGGCAAAGCCCAUUGUUCCUUCAAUGAAGCAGCAUGGAUCGUUGUCACAGUCUGUAUCAAGAGUCCAGAUAAGCACCAUGGCAGUUAAAGACGAUUUGAUAGUUGCGGGAGGGUUCCAAGGAGAGCUUAUCUGUAAGAAAAUCAACGAACCUGAGGUUGCUUUCUGCACUAAACUAACAUCAGCUGAUAACGACAUCACCAAUUCGGUUGACAUCUACAACGCACCUAGUGGCUCGUUAAGGGUUAUGACCGCGAACAAUGACUGUACUGUCCGGCUAUUUGAUGCCACAAACUUUGCCUUGCUCAACAGAUUUGCCUUUCACUGGUCUGUAAAUAACAUCUCCACCAGUCCAGAUGGUAAGCUAGUGGCUGUUCUAGGAGACAGUCCUGAGUGCUUACUAGCAGAUACCGGAUCUGGAAAAGUGAUCCACGGACUCGAAGGCCAUCUCGACUACUCGUUUUCAUCAGCAUGGCACCCAAACGGUCAAAUCUUAGCCACGGGUAACCAAGACACAACCUGUAGACUAUGGGACGUAAGGAACCUGUCUCAAUCACUCAAAGUCUUGAAAGGAAACAUGGGAGCUAUCAGAGCCUUGAGGUUCACGUCUGAUGGACGGUUCUUAGCCAUGGCUGAGCCAGCGGACUUUGUACACUUGUUUGACACGGAAGCUGGUUACAGUCAGUGUCAAGAGAUUGAUCUGUUUGGAGAAAUAGCGGGAAUCUCGUUUAGCCCCGACACGGAGGCACUGUUCGUGGGAGUAGCUGAUCGUACGUACGGCAGCUUGUUGGAGUUUAACAGGAAGCGAAACCACUCGUAUGUUGAUUCCAUAUUCUGAUCUGACUCCAAUCGUUAGAAGCAAAUUAAGGAGCUAUAUGUAUGUGUGAGAUUAUGGUUGUAGUGGCUGUUGGAGGGAUUAAAAGUCGUUGUUUUUGUGACUUUCCCUUUGUCAUGUUUAUGUGGUUUUAGGAAUUCCAUGUUUGGUCAACUGUAGAACAUACGUACUUAUAUGAGUGCUGUUAAACUUUGAAGACACAACUUGUAGGCUAUGGGGACGUGAGGAACCUGUUAAAAUUUGAAGCCCAACUCGAUGUUCAGAAGCAGCACCAGGCCUUUAUUUAUAAUAAAAAUUUGUGGCUUGAAGAAUGUGAUUGGGGUCGAUGUGGGACAAAAACAACAACUAGUUUCACGGGCUUUAAAUAGUUGAAGCCCAAUUAGGUGAUUAAAUGUGCUGUGAAACAGUACUGAUGGUUGGGAGAAGUUGAGAUUGAAAGGAUUUUAGAGCAGCAUCUAAUACUAAAAGUAGUAGACAUAAAGAUGGUUAAGGAGAUUUUGAUAGUCGAGAUUUCUAUCUUUUUCUCAAGACGAAUAAAGCAAUUAAGGAAGUGUCAUGUACUCAUGUGUGAGUGAGCCACUUAAUGUAAUGUUAAAGCUUUACGAAACAUUCCUCAAUUACACCUAACCUUCUUCUUAUAACAGAAAAUAAAGAGUCCUUUGAUUCU